UUAAUGGAUGACGCGUCCUUUUAAAUCCGUCAAAAAACUGGUUGGGAACCGCAGGCUUUAGAACCAUCGAUGUUCGAUGGUCUGUUGGUCUGUGUUUAGAACACAUUUGUGAGUUCCGCCAUAUUAGUACCUAGAUAAUGUACAAAAACCUCAAUGAAACCCGUAACUAACCAGUAAACAGUGUGAUUUGUGAUUCUGGACAGUGUGGUUCACGUAUUGUGUCAGCACGACUAGUUUUCGUACAAACUAGUUUGUGAUGAGGGUUCAAUUAACAAAAUGUAAAAAUAAGGUUAGGCCACUGCUGAAAGAUUAAUUAAAAACAAUCCAAUCACCCCGUUAAACUACACUAAAUCACAUGGACAUUCGAUUACUUUCCAAUAGUGCACGCUGCAACACAAAUAUCAUGCAUUUACAUUCGUAAAUCUCAAUCACUGAAGUACUGAAACCAGAGACAAGAUGAGUCUGCAAUCAUUCGAUCAUGAAAACAGGGACAGUUGGUACUUUGGUGCCAUCAAUCGGCAGGAGGCCACUGAUUUGUUAAUGAGUGAAAAGGAAGCCGGUGUGUUUCUUGUUCGGGACAGUGCUACUUCUGUUGGUGAUUAUGUUUUAUGUGUUAAGGAAGAUAGUAGAGUCAGUCAUUAUAUUAUAAACAAAAUUCAGAAUAAAGAGAGCAUUAAAUAUAGGAUUGGGGACAGAUGUUUUGCGGAUUUGCCCAAGAUUUUGAAUUUCUACAAGCUUCAUUAUUUAGAUACAACGCCACUUAUUAGACCUGCUUCUAAAAAAGUUGAAAAAGUUAUUGCGAAAUUUGAUUUUGAGAGUCAGGAAAAAGAUGACCUAUCCUUUAGAAAGGGAGAUAUAUUAACCAUAGUGUUUAAGGAUGAAGAACAGUGGUGGACAGCUAAAACAAGUGAGGGAAAGACAGGCUUAAUUCCAGUUCCGUAUGUACAGAAAAUUGAUGAGAAUCAGUCACCAAUUGAUAUUCCAAGGCCGGGUUCAGGGGAGCCCAUAACGGGCAGCGGGAGUCAAAGUGAGAGUGGAAGGCGGAGCCAAAUACAGAGGAAAUUACCAGCGAGAGCCCGUGUGAAGCAGGUACGAGUGCCGAACGCUUACGAUGAGACUGCUUUAAAAUUAGAAAUUGGUGAUAUACUGAUGGUUACGAAGAUGAAUAUUAAUGGUCAGUGGGAAGGAACUCUCAACGGCAAAACUGGCUAUUUUCCUUUUACGCAUGUAGAGUUUCUAGAUGAUGAUACUGGCAGUUAGUUGAAUAUUUUAUAUGCAUAGAAACACUAUUGUUGUAUAGUUGCUCCAUACUGUAUAUUUAUUAUUAAUAUUAACAUGGAUAUAUAUUAUCAUUAUUUAUGAACAAUUACAAGUUUGUGCUACCUAUUAUUGUCAAUUUGUAUUUUUCUUAAUUACAUAUCAAUAUUUA